UUGGAACCAACAGUAACCCUUCAGACAUGGUACCUAGACCCUAGUGUUUCCACCACAACCAGUACUCUUAAAUGUGGUUGUUGUCACUCACUGUUCCGUCCAGCACUCACUGUAUUUCCUCAUCACCAGUGACACAGAGGGAAGUCUGCACCUCGUUUAUUGUCCACAGAACGAGGCUGCACGCCAUGCUUUGAAUGAAUGUAGGUAUUGCCCAUCUCCAGAAUGCAGGAAAUCACAUCUACCACAUCCAAAAUUUUCUGGGGGAGGACCGCCAGACCCCCACUAUACCACCAUUAUCUCUCUCUGUAUGGUAUUUGUAUGUAAGGUAUUAGGCCCUAUCCAUCUCCAGCAGGCGCCCCAGAAAUCCAUUAGGAUGCGGGGGAUGUUUUUUGAAAAGUUGACAGCCCUGCAGUUUACCAAUAAAACUCUCCACAGUAUGAACAGUGGUUACAUGAACCUCAAAACCAGCCACAGCUCAGCCCUGAGCAGAGUGACCGUCCUCUAUUGACCAAUCAGACUGCAGUGUUCACAGCUCCACCUUUUAGUACCAGAUCUGUGUGCUAGGUACCCCAACAGAGGGGGGACCAAAAAUGGGGACGGUACGGAACGGUUCCAUUGGUACCAUCCACAACUUUUCACAGUGGAAACAGAAAAAAAGCGACUGAACUGAACCGUACUGUACUUCUCAGUGGAAAUGGGGCUCUUUAUUACCAAAAGAGACUUUUAAUGAAGGGAAAACAGCCUAUUAAGUCUAAAUUAGCCUGUACUGAUAGUGUAAAUGAGCAUUCAUUCAUGUUUUACAACAAGGUGGUGGAACUGCACAGGGCAGUGAUUAUUAUGAUCAUUUGGUGCUUUAACUUUGCAGAGCUGACAGUGAAAGCAAACCUAUCUGUCCAUGUGAUACUAAACUCUCUAUUUUAUUCCAAGACUUACUUUUUUGGAUUUGGCAUCCAUAGCUAAGCAGCUAGGAAGACUCGAGACUCACCACUGCUAUUGAGGUUCGGCGAAAUUCCAAGGAAUAGGUGCCGGGCAGUCGAUGUGUUAUGCACAUUUUAGUUGUUGAAAAGUUAAGACAUUUUUUUAUUUGGUAUAGAGGCUUCUUUAGGCCUACAACACUGAUUAUGAUAUAUACCUGAAUUAAACACCUGAGUGGUUACUUUCGUAUUAAAGUAGCUCCCAGUGAGGCCACCAGCUGCUGAACAUGCAUUAACCACAACAUUAAUUGUCUCUAGCUGAUCGAUUGAUUGAUUAUAGGUUAUUAACGUCAUGCUCUGACAAUGUUUAACACGUGAUUUAACCAGAUUUCCUUGCACUACUGUCAGAGUAUCAUGCAGAAACCCUGUGUCCCCAUGUAAGAGAUGAACAACUGAGCACUUCUUUUAUACUUUUUUAUUUGAUCUUUUUUACUGUAUCUUGUUGUAGCCACAGUGUUGGUAUAUCGAUGCUGUUUCUCUUUAUAUAUAACUUCACACAUUACACAAACUCAAUAAAUGGAGCUCAAAACAUUUAAUGUUGUCUGAUCUUUAUUUUACGACUCUAGUCAAGAUAUUUAUAAUUACGAUUUUGUCUAGUCAUUUGAUUAACUUUCAUUGUAUAUUACAGAAUUGUUUGAUUUUGUGAUCUACGGAUACAUUGCUGCUUGAUUUUUUUUCACUGUCUCGCAAGGUGUCCUUGAGUGUCCUGUAAGGCGCCUAUAAAUAUGAUGCAUUAUUAUUGCUAUUACUAUUAUUAUUAUUAUAAUUUUUACAAUUGACAUUUUCUGCAAAAAUAUUGUUUCUGUUACAAAAGUUGUACAUUACCUUCUAAUAACAUAAAUCAAUUGAUUUAUGGCCAAAAAAAAGACUGCAUAUUUAGUAUUUUCAAGAACAAUAAAGUUGCAGUGAUAUUAGUAGUUGAAAUAUAGCCAGUGAUGCAUGAUGUCCAGUUUAGUGGACAGAUGAUCAAUUGUAAUUUCCUCACAACAUAUAAUCAAUAUUUGGAAAAUUUAACUUCUGUACUACUCAGAUGUUACUUGAUUUUUACAGAUUUUAUUUACCUGUCAGGGUCUCCUAUUACAGAAGGAUUUGGCAAGGUAUUCUAGAGGGGCGCAACACUAUUUGCAUUGGUUUUGAGAGAUUUGUGUUGCACUGACAACAUUUGGCCAGUGGGUGGCAGUGUAUGACAUCAUGCACUGUAGUGGCAAAAAUGCAGCGAUUUCAUUCAACCCCAUGCAUACACAAGAGAAGUGAGCACAAGAGCUCCAUCAGACGAAGUGAUGCAAACCAUCCUGCUCCCUGUCAUUUCAAUGACCAUCUCCUCUACGAUUUCAGGGCAUUAAAUUGCCAAGAGGGGGAGGCAUGAAAAGAAAGAUAUGCCAAAGGGAGCUGUUCACAUUCUCACAUUUUCUGCUCUUAAAUGGAUACCAUUAUGUGCUGUUUUUUUGUUAUUAGUAGUUUGUUAUCACUUGUAUUUUAUAAUGUAUUGGUCCUGAUCUUUCUGUUCUUUGAGUUCUUAACAAUUUGUGAAAAAUUUGUGUUUUAAUUGUGCAAAAUAAAUAAACUAGGCUAUAAUAAUCAUUAGGCCAUAAUAACCCCCCUCAGUGGCCCUAGGCGGGGCCCCGGGCCUCUGAUUGGCUGGUCUCGGCCCUGGUGAGCAGCAGCUGGUGGGAGGAUGAAAGUUUGAAUCAGUGUGAGUGAACCAUGGAGAGGAGGAGGAGGAGAGUUCAGUGACUCGGUCAUGGAUUUCUCUGUGAACUCUGCCUGUUUUUAUUGUUUCUACUGUUUGUUUCUUCCUCUGCUGCUCGGACCGCCGGACCUUCGGCUCUCUGAUGCACUGAAGCCCGGCUCCAGUGAGACCGGCACCGGGUCCAUUCUGCUCAACGCCUCGGUGGGACCUGGUUGGAUCUAUCACAUUGACCGGAAUUUAACGCCUGUUUCUGUGCGCCGCUUCAUCCACAUCCACAGACGAACCGGGGUCAUUUCUCUCUCUGGAAAACCGGACCGCGCGUCCCGGAGAGGAGACACCGAUCCGCUUUAUGUUCAGCUGAGAUCCCAGACUGACCCACAUGAGUCCAUCCUGAUCCGCCUCAAGCUGAUCCUCCACAGCCGGGGCGCUGUGAUCCGACGCGGUGGACAGUCGGUGAGUGUUCACAUGAGGCUCCGGUCCUCCCCGGUGCCGCUAUGUCUCUCCACACACGAUCUGCGGAGCAAAGUUCAGCAUCACCUGCCGCACUUCCUGCGCAGACACAAACAUUUUCAGAUUUCCUGCGCAGUUAAAGGACAGAAGAAAAGUUUCUCCGGUGAUGUGAGUCCUGAAUGUUUGGGGUCUGAGCUGGAUGCUGUGUGCGCGCUGCUGGACGUACACGGUCCCCACACCUCCACCCCCGUGCUCCUAAAGCUCCGCCCCGCUUCUCCAGCUUCUGACGUCACUCAGGUGUACUCUGAGCGUAGCAGACGUGCAGCCGUGAACUCAGCUCCUCAGUUCCAGCUGCCCAACUACCAGGUGUCCAUACCUGAAAAUGAGCCGGCAGGGACCCGAGUCAUCACGCUAAAAGCUCUGGAUGGAGAUCUUGGAGCCGCCGGCGAGGUGGACUAUGACAUUGAGGCUCUGUUCGAUAGCCGGUCCAAUGACUACUUCCAGAUCAACCCGCACACUGGCAGCAUCUCUACCCUGCAGCUGCUGGACAGGGAGUUCAAGGACACGCACAUUUUCAGGGUCAUCGCCACAGACAAUGGCGAGCCAAAGAGGUCGUCCAUUGCGUACCUCACCAUCACGGUCAGCGACACCAAUGACCACGGGCCAGUGUUUGAGCAGACAGAGUACAGGGUCAGCCUCAGGGAGAACGUGGAGGCAGGGUUUGAGGUGCUCACGAUCAGGGCGACAGAUGGAGAUGCUCCGUCCAACGGCAAUAUGAUCUACAGGAUUGUCAGCGAGGAGGAUGCCUUUGAGAUCAACCCCAGGACCGGGCUGGUCCGCAUCACGGAGCGGCCGGACAGGGAACACGUGUCUCGGUACCAGCUGAUGGUGGAGGCCAGCGACCAGGGCAGAAAUCCAGGACCCCGCAGCUCAUCAGCCACCGUGUUCAUCAGCGUGGAGGACGAGAAUGACAACUACCCACAGUUCAGCCUGAGACGUUAUGUGGUCCAGGUGUUGGAAAGCAUGGCGGUGAACACCAGAGUUACUCGGGUGGAAGCCACAGACGAGGACGAGGGCGACAACAGCAAAGUCCACUACAGCAUCAUCAGCGGCAACGUCAGGGGCCAGUUCUACAUACACUCUCUGACCGGUGUCAUCGACCUCGUCAGUCCUCUGGACUAUGAGACCGUCAGGGAGUACAAACUGCGGGUAAAAGCUCAAGACGCGGGCCGCCCUCCGCUCAUCAACAGCACCGGGCUUGUGGUCAUCCAGGUGGUGGAUGUGAACGACAACGCCCCUAUGUUCGUCAGCACACCGCUCCAGGCCACCGUCCUAGAGAGCGUGGCUGUGGGUCACUCUAUAAUCCACAUCCAGGCCAUUGACGCUGACUCUGGUAUCAACUCUCACCUGGCGUAUCAGCUGACAGACGCAGCGCCGGGCUUCCCCUUCAUCAUCAACAACAACACCGGGUGGGUGACAGUCAGCUCAGAGCUGGACAGGGAGACAACUGAGUUUUACACGUUCGGGGUGGAAACGGUAGAUCACGGAGUUCCUGCGAUGUCGUCCUCUGCCUCUGUCAGCGUGACCAUCCUUGAUGUGAAUGAUAACGUUCCCACGUUCACUCAGACACUGUACAACAUAAAGAUCAGUGAGGAUGCUGCGGUGGGAACCAGUGUGCUGCUGCUUUCCGCCACUGACCGUGACACCAACAGCGUCGUGAGCUACCAGAUCUCCAGUGGAAACACUAGAAACAGGUUCUCCAUCACCAGCCAGAGCGCUGGCGGUUUGAUCACCUUGGCGUUGCCGCUUGACUACAAGCAGGAGCGGCAGUAUGUCCUGAUGGUGACGGCGUCGGACGGCAUACACCAGGACACAGUGCAGGUUUGUGUCAAUGUCACUGACGCCAACACCCACCGGCCAGUGUUCCAGAGCACCAACUACCAGGUGAUGCUGAGCGAGGACCAGCCCGUGGGCUCCAUCGUGGUCGUCAUCAGUGCCAUGGAUGAAGACACAGGGGAGAACGCUCGGAUCACUUACAUCAUGGAGGAUAACGUUCCCCAGUUCAAAAUCCACCCAAGAACAGGCGCCAUCACCACACAGACCGAUAUUGACUAUGAGGACCAGGCCUCCUACACCCUCGCCAUCAUCGCCCAUGACCAUGGCGUCCCUCAGAAAUCAGACACCACGUAUGUUGAGAUCAUUGUGUUGGACGCUAAUGAUAACAGUCCACAGUUCCAAAGAGACCUCUAUCAGGGCUCUGUGUUCGAAGACGCUCCUGUGUACACCAGCGUCCUGCAGAUCUCUGCCUCCGACCGAGACUCAGGGACCAAUGGCAGAGUCAGCUAUACCUUCCAGAGCGGUGAUGACGGAGACGGAGACUUCUUCAUUGAGCCGUACUCCGGCAUCAUCAGGACAGCCAGGAAACUGGAUCGAGAGAACGUGGCGGUGUACCACCUCCGAGCGGUCGCUGUGGACAAAGGUGUCCCCCCUCUCAGAGCAACAGUAGACGUCCAUGUGUCCAUCCAGGACAUCAAUGAUAAUGCUCCUGUGUUUGAGAAAGAUGAGAUGGAUGUGUAUGUGAUGGAGAACAGUCCCGUGGGCUCUGUCAUUGCUCGAAUCAUCGCUACGGAUCCUGACGAGGGAAUGAACGCUCAAAUCCUGUUUCAGAUCGUGGAUGGGAAUGUCCCUGAGGUCUUUCAGUUGGACAUCUUUAAUGGGGACCUCAUCGCUCUUGCUGACUUGGAUUACGAGUCCAAAUCAGAGUACACCAUCAUCAUCCAGGCCACCUCGGCUCCAUUAGUGAGCCGGGCCGCUGUUCACAUCCACCUGCUGGACGUCAACGACAACAUCCCCGUCCUGCGGAACUUUGAGAUCAUCUUUAACAACUAUGUCACCAACCGGUCAGACACCUUCCCUGCUGGAGUGAUCGGGUCGGUGCCGGCCCGGGACCCUGAUGUGGCGGAUAAACUGAGGUUCAAAUUUUUGGAGGGAAACGAGCUCAACUUGCUGAUCCUGAACCAGGACAGCGGGGAGGUGCAGCUCAGCAGAGACCUGGACAACAACAGACCUCUGGAGGCCUCAAUGAAGAUCCAAGUGAGUGAUGGUGUCCACCAGGUGACGGCUGUCUGCUUACUGCGUGUCUCAAUCAUCACAGACGUCAUGUUGACCAACAGUGUCACCGUCCGGUUGGACAACAUGUCACAGCAACACUUCCUGUCCCCUCUGUUGUCUCUGUUUGUGGACGCUGUGGCCUCCAUCCUCUCCACCCGCCGAGACCAUGUCUUCGUCUUUAACAUCCAGAACGACUCCCAGGUGGAGGGAAACAUCCUGAACGUGACCCUCUCCGCCCUGCGGCAGUCUGAGGACCAUGAUGCACCUGGAGGAAGUUUCCUUCCAUCUGAGACGCUGCAGGAGCAGAUUUACCUGAACAGGACUCUGCUGACGCUGCUGUCCAAUCAGCACGUGCUGCCGUUUGAUGACAACAUCUGUCUGCGUGAACCCUGUGAGAACUACAUGAAGUGUGUGUCAGUGCUGAGCUUCCACAGCACGGUGGCGUUCACGGUGUCCGACACGCUGCUGUUCAGGUCCAUCCAGCCGGUGGGGGGGGUGAGGUGUCGCUGCCCGCCAGGUUUCACUGGAGACACCUGUGAGACAGAGAUCGACCAGUGUUACUCCUCGCCAUGUCUGAACGGAGGGACAUGUCACAGCACAGAGGGAGGAUUCAACUGUCAGUGUCCCCACAACUACACCGGUGAGCGGUGUCAGGUGGACUCUGGGUCUGGACAUUGUGUCUCAGGUGUGUGUAAGAAUGGAGGCAGGUGUGUUGACCUGCAGGCGGGUGGAUUCAUGUGUCGCUGUCCCGAUGGAGACUUUCAGACGAUGUACUGCGAAGAGACAAGUCGUAGCUUCCCGCGACGAUCCUUUGUCACCUACAGAGGCCUAAAACAGAGAUUCCACUUCCACAUGUCCUUCAGGUUUGUGAGCAGGGACCGGAACGCUCUGCUGUUGUUUAACGGUCGAUUCAAUCAGAAACACGACUUCAUCGCUCUGGAGAUCGUCAACGAACAGAUUCAGCUCACCUUCUCUGCAGGAGAAAACAGGACCUCUGUGGAGACGUUUGUGGAGGGUGGAGUCAGUGAUGGAGAGUGGCACACAGUUCACCUGCACUACUACAACAAGCCAGCUGUCGGGCGUCUCGGCCCGUCUGCUGAGAAGGUGGCGGUGGUUGCUGUGGACAACUGUGACGUGGAGGUGGCGAUUCGUUUUGGCAGCCGGAUCACAAACUAUUCAUGUGCAGCUCAGAGAGCUCAGACUGGACUGAAAAAGUCGUUGGAUCUGACUGGUCCUCUGCUGCUUGGUGGCGUUCCCGACCUGCCAGAGGAUUUUCCCGUCAGGAGUCGAGACUUUGAAGGCUGCAUCAAAGAUCUGAACAUUGAUGGACAGCAGGUGGACAUGGCUCGAUUCAUCGCCAACAAUGGCACCAAAGCAGGCUGUGCAGUGAAGCAAGAUUUCUGCAGCAGGACGUUGUGUCUGAAUGGAGGAGUCUGUGUCAACAGGUGGACAUCUUACAGCUGUCAGUGUCCCCUCGGCUUCGGAGGAAAGAACUGUGAACAAGUCAUGCCGACCCCUCUGAAGUUUAACGGCAAGGCGUUGGUGUGGUGGGCGGAGCCACAGGUGACCAUCAGUGUGCCGUGGUAUUUAAGUCUGAUGUUCAGGACGAGACACAGAGCUGGAACUCUGCUGAAGGCUGAUGCUGGAGAAUCAUCCAGGAUUCAUCUGCUGCUCAGCAGCAGUCACCUGAGUUUCCAGGUGUUUGUGGGUGUGAAGCGCUUUGCUCUGCUAGACUUUCGUCAGACUCGGGUUGACGAUGGAGAGUGGCAUCAUGUCCUGAUGGAGCUGAAGAGCAGCAAAGAUGGAAAGGACAUCAAAUACAUGGCGGAGGUGUCUUUGGACUACAGCUUGUUUCAGUUGUCGGUGGAGAUUGGUAACGAGCUGCCGGGUCUCAGGCUGAAGAGUUUAUUUGUUGGAGGACUGAUGAAGAAGAAUGGCUCGGUGGUGAAUGGAUGGAGAGGCUGCAUCCAGGGUGUGAGAAUAGGUGAGACGUCCAUGAAGCUGGCUAACGUUGACUUGCGGGGUGGUCGGAGGGUUGGGGUUGAGGACGGCUGUGGCACAGUCAACUCGUGUGGAGACGCCGUCUGUCCACCGCAUAGUCGCUGCAAGGACAUCUGGGGAGAUCACACCUGCACCUGCCAGCCAGGAUUCUUUGGGAGGGACUGUGUGGAUGUUUGUCUCUUAAACCCCUGUUUGCACGACUCCACCUGUGUCCACCACCCGAGCUCUCUGCGUGGAUACCUCUGUCACUGUGGAGAUGGUUACCAUGGAGACUAUUGUCAGUACAGAUCAAACAUGCCGUGUUCUCUGGGCUGGUGGGGGGGGCCAGUCUGUGGUCCCUGUAACUGUGAUGUCUCUAAAGGAUUCACCAGAGACUGUAACAAGACUACAGGAGAGUGCGGCUGUAAGGAGAAUUACUUCCGUCCAGACGGAGGUUCCUGCCUCCCUUGUGACUGUUUCCAGCUGGGCUCUAUGUCUCGGACCUGUGACUCUGAGACUGGUCAGUGUCUUUGCAGGACAGGUGUGGUCGGACGUCAGUGCAACACCUGCAACAACCCAUACGCUGAGGUGACACCCAGAGGCUGCGUGGUUGUGUACGACGUCUGUCCGAGGGUGUUUGAAUCGGGACUCUGGUGGCCGAGGACUAAGUUUAAUCAUCCUGCAGCUGUGAGAUGUCCCCGAGGCGCCUCAGGUACAGCUGUACGUCACUGUGAUGAGCAACAUGGCUGGCUCAAGCCUCUCCUCUCCAACUGCACCUCACUGAGCUUUAGACACCUCCACAUCCAGGAGGAGGAGCUUCAGAGAAACGAGACAGAGUUGGGCGGUGACAGGUCACGCAGGCUUGCUGCGAUGCUGCAGGAGGCGACCAAUCAGAUGGAAGCUCCUUAUGACCGUGACCUACAGACGGCGUUUAAUCUGCUGAGUGUGGUGCUGCAGCACGAGAGCCAACAACACGGCUUCAAGCUGGCCGCCACGCAGGACCGAUACUUCCACCAGAAUAUCGUACAGACCAGUAGCAUCCUGUUGGAGCGGAGUGGCGAGCUGCAGCAUCAGGUUCAAAGGUCAGAGGGCGGUGCUUUGCGUCUGCUGAGAAGCUUCGAGCUUUACGCCCAAACCCUCGCCAUGAACAUGAGGAAGACCUACCUGAAGCCCUUCAUCAUCCUCACUCCCAACAUCAUUUUCUCUGUGGACUUCCUGGACAGCAGCACAAUGAAGCCCCGCCUCUCUGACGUGCAGAGAGAACUUCCUAUUGACCUCCAGGCUGCUGUCCAUUUCCCACAUUUCACUUCACCGGCUGAUGUUAAAGCUGCUCCAGUUUCUACAGAGACACCGGCUGAGCAGCCUGGUGAUGUCAUUGGUCAUGUCAGUGGUGGUGUCAAUCAGACUGUGUCGCCUCCCUCUGAGUCUUCUUUUAAAAAGAAGCGUCAGGCUGAGGCACCAAGCUCGCCGCUGGUCACUGUGGUGAUCGUCUACAGAACUCUGGGAGACCUGCUGCCACAGAGCUACGACCACCAGGGCCAAAGAGCGCCAAGUCGAUCCGUCAUCAACACUCCUGUUGUCACUACAGUGAUGUCCAAUGAAGGUGUAUCCUGGCUCCGACCUCUGGACCGCCCCGUCAUCCUGCAGCUCCGCCUACUACAGACAGAGGGGCUGGUGAGCCCACGGUGUGUCGUCUGGACUCACUCAGCAGGGGUGAACGGGUCAGGCGGCUGGUCUUCCACAGGUUGUGAUCUGAUCAGCAGGAAUCAAACUCACAUCACCUGUGGCUGUGUUGAUGCGUUGAGCGUUGCCGUGGUGAUGUCCAGGAGAGAGCGUGUGGUCGCUCUUCCUCUGAAACUCGCCACCUUCACUUCCCUCUCCUCCUCGCUGCUCUUCCUCCUCGUCACCUUCGUCCUCCUCUUCAUCCUCACAAACCUGCGCUCCAACUUAAAUAGAAUCCACCUGAACCAGGUGACCUCCGUCUUCCUGUCGCAGCUCAUCUUCCUGCUCGCCAUAGAGCGAACACAGAACCAGUCUGCCUGUACGCUGGCAGCCAUUUUUCUGCAUUACUGCUGCAUGUGUUCGUUCUGCUGGAUGUUGGUGGAGGAGCUGCACGUCUACCGCAUGAUGACCGAGAUCCGCAACAUCAACCACCGUCACAUGACCUUCUACUAUGCUAUUGGCUGGGGUGUCCCCGCUGUCAUCACAGGUGUCUCUGUGUCUCUUGAUCCUGAUGGUUUUGGGAGCUCCGGGUUCUGCUGGCUGUCUCUCCAGGACUCUGUAAUGUGGAGUGUUGUUGGACCCUUCACUGCUGUCCUCAUGGUUACCAUGGUGAUGUUUGUCCUGGCAGUUAAAGAGUCCAGAGGACAGAGACAGACGAGCUCUGAGACGGCUGAACUCAGCUCCUCUCUGAGGUCAGCCAUCUUGUUGCUGUUGCUCCUCAGCGCCUCCUGGCUGUCAGGUGUGAUGGCAGUCAACAGUGAUGUCAUUGCCUUCAACUACCUGUUCUCCAUCUUCAGCUGCCUGCAGGGCGUCUGCUUCUUCUUCUUCUACUGUGUGUUCAACAGAGAGCUGAGGACGAACCUGAAGGAGAUUUUCAUCAGGAGGAAGAGAAGCAGAGAGCUCAGGAGCCAACACACCGCCGUCCUUACUCGCUCUCUGAACAGGAAGCAGUCAUUCUCUGGAGAUGAAGGUCUGUAUCGAACCGCCAUCGGAGAGUCGACGGCGUCUCUGAAUAGCAGCAGGAACGACUCAGGACUGAAGUGCCCCUCCUCUUCCAGCUCCACCAGAAAGUGUUUCCAUGGUAACAACAACUCUGCCACCUUAACCCGAAAACAGUUCAGAAGAAAAGACUCUGACAGCAGCUCAGACAGCAGCUCCGACGCUUCCUUUCAUUCGUCUGACAGCGAGGACGAACGAUUGAAACAUCUGCGGAGCAACCAGCAACGAGAGGAGGAGAAGAAAAACACCAUAGUGCAGGGUCAAACUCUGUCCAAUCACGUGCAGCCUUACUGGCUGGUGGAUCCUCCCACAGUCACUGACAGUGAGCGGCGAAGUGAAGGAGGUGGAGGAGGUGAAGGGGGAGGUGAAGGUGCGGAGGUGAACCUCCGUGUGGAGACCAGAGUCAGCACCGACCAGCUGAACAACAGAGACCUGCCCAGCUCACCUGAUAGUAACCAGCAGCCAAUGAGACGACGAGGGAUCUUAAAGACCAGGACCCCCUCUCCCCUCAGUCCUCCUUCCCCCACAGUGACAGACAUGAACAGAAAGAACCUCCUCAUUGAAGCCCCACCCCUCUGCUGCUCCGCCACCUCAUCUCCGACCAAUCACAGCCUUCGUCAGGCUGUUGCCAGGGGAAACAGAGUUUGCGUUAAAAUCGUUCCCCCACAUUCCCCGCUGCUGCAGACACGCCCACCUCUGUCACCACGGCAACAGCACAGUGGAGUCACCAUGUUAACCAGGACGAGGCUGAUGACUUUGGACAGGAACGAAGAGAAAGACAAGUCAGACGAUGAAACUUCCAUCUGAAGACUUUUCACCUCUGAGAUUUACCUGAAGCUGUGGAAACAGGAACCACAGAAGAAGAGGAAGAAAAAGAAAAAGAAGAACCUGACCUGGAUGUUAAAGGUCAUGAGGUGAAGGAAAGGUGUGAAGGAGAAUUCAUCAGGAGUCAGGUAAAGACAGCUGACUGUAAUGACGUCAUAGACCCUGUAAUGAUGUGACGGAGGAUGUUACUGACAUGGGUCUGCUGUGGCCAAACUGCAAUGUUCUGAAGAUGGACAACUGAACGAUUAUCUUAAAUACUAAAGAUUAUUAUUAUUAUUAUUAUUAUUUUUAUUAUUAUCAUCUUCGAUACUUGGCCUCGUGUGUGCUUGUGUGUUCUAUAAGCAUAUUGUUUCAUCAACAGCUGAAUGAUGCAUCACUUUAAAUGUUGCUGCUGAAGAAACUGUGAAAUGAUCUCCUUUCCUUUGGUAAAGGAUGCUCCAGUGUCUCCUAUGCUAACGGGGAUUUAAAAAAAAAAGGAAGCGCUGAAGCCCCUACCCUUACCAGCCCUUAUCACAGCUGACACUGAGAAAUAAACUCUGCUCCACAACAGCUAAUGUUUGCUAUGAAGCUGGGGGUCAGUGUUUUGUUUCAGGACAGAUAUUUUGUGUGCUGACUCUAUGCCGGGUUCAAAAGUUCAGGGAAAUCUAAUGUUAUUUUGAAAUGAACACAUCGGACUGUAGAUAUUCUGCAUAUAUGUAUUAUUGCUGUAGAUAUGUUAUAUUUUUUAUACUUCUGUAAAGCAGACAACUAAUGUUUAUGUAUACAUUUUUUACUUUGUUUGGAAUUUAACAUAAAAGUUUUUGAUAAUUUAA